AAAUUGGGAGUUGGAAUUUUCAAUCAUGAUCUCUUUCUUCGCUCUGCAAAAUAUUGUUCUAACUGCAACGCAUUUCUUCUUCCACUUCAGACCAAUCUCUUUCUCUCUCUCUCUCUCUCUCUCUCUCUCUCUCUCACGCACAUCCUGCAACCCUUUUCAUUGCUGCAUAAAAGCCCUCAUCAAUGGCAGAAUAAAGGGAGAACGAACAAGAAGACGGCGGGAAGAAGAUUGGCAACCUUCUAUUUGUAGUAAUGGAGGCAUGCACCGACUCUGUGGUUUCACUUUUGCCUCACAUAUUGCCGGUGCAUCAGUCUGAAGCUGCUGAAAACAAGGCUUCGACCUCAAGAAAGCGUCGGAGAGCUCUGGAAGCCAACGGCGGUGUACAGAGGAAGGGGAGAGAGAAGAGGAAGGAGAUGAGUGAGAGUUUCGAUGUUCUUCAAUCUCUCGUCCCGAAUCUCUCUCCUAAGGCUACGAGGGAGACUAUUGUUUCCGAGACGAUCCAGUUCAUCGAGGAUCUACAGAAGCAGUUGACGAGGCUGGAAAUGGAGAAGAAACCAUUGGAAUCGGUGACGAUGCUUCCUAGUACGAACUCGGAUUCACCAGGAGGCGGCGACGGCGGCGUCAUCGUCUCGGUCUCCAGCAACAUCGUGUUGUUUGGGAUUAUUUUUGCUUCUGUUCGACGAGGUAUGGUGACACAGAUUUUAAUGGCGUUUGAAAGACACCAGGCUGAAGUUCUAGCAGCGAAUGUUGCAGUCAGCCAUGGCAAUUUAACUUUAACAGUCACAGCUUCUAUACAUGGUUACGUAGAGAACACCAUAGAGCAGAUUAGAAACGAUAUCCUAAGCUUAAAGAAGUAAUAAACUUCCAUUGUUCACGAGAUUCUUGCCUUCUUAUUUACUACGAGAGGGUUGUUUAAUG